UAUUUCAGUAGCUGAAACAAAGCCUCCCAGAGAACUCCCAUGGCAACCCUUACUCAGCAUUCCUCCCUGAACUGAGCCAAGCUCUCUGUUUGCUGGUAGAACCUGUUCUCCACCACUAUUCUGGUCUCCGCCAGAGAUUUAAACAUGGAGAUCAUGUCAAUAUGUUGGUCUUCAGGAAAAGGAAAGAAAGAAAGAAAAAGAAACACAGCGACAGGAACAAGACAGAAAGAAAGAAAGAAAAAGAAACACGGGGACAGAAAGAAGCUUGCAACGAUCCCUCUAUUUAAAUCAUCACCUCCCCCUUUCAGGUUCAAGUGUUCUUACUGAUGGAACAGGAGCUGAUAGCAGAUGAAGACAUCACUAGGACGUCUGGGCCUUCUGUGGCCGGCCUGGAGACGACGUACUCAGGGGGCAACGGCUUCUCUACCUCCUACAACAGCCAGCGCUGGCUCAACCUCUACCUGUCUGCCUGCAAGCUGCUGGACCUUGCCCUUGCCCUGCCCUCAGAGAGCCUCCCGCAGUUCCAGAUGUACCGCUGGGCCUUUGUCCCUGAGGCGUCGGACGACUCGGGGCUGGAGGUGCGGAGACAGGGUACACACCAGAGGGAGUUUAAGCCUUACGUGUUGCGACUGGCCAAACUACUGAGGAAACGAGCUAAGAAGAACCCGGAGGAGGACUGUUCCACUCGCACGCUGACGUGGGAGCCGGGCCACCUGAUGCUGACGCUGUACGUGAUCCGCAGCAUGGAGCAGCUCCUCCCCUUCUUCAACCUGCUCAGCCAGGUGUUCAACAGCAAGGCCGGCAGCCGCUACGGCCCCAGCCACGGCCCCGCCUCCAGCGACAGCCCCUUCUCCGGCAAGGACGGCAAGCUCGAGAGCCAGAAGGUCUUCUGGAGCCGCGCGCGGCAGAACAUCGAGGAGAUGGUGGAGAAGGACUUUCUGGAGGGCCUGAUCAAGACGUGACCGGACGUGACAUGACCUGACAUGACUUCACCACUAAACAAAAGGGACUCUUUCAGAACAUAAUAAGGGACAAGCUGUACAGAUUAUUCAAACCUCAGACUGGGAGAAAAAAAGGACAACAAGGAGAGUGAUUUCAAAAUCAAAAUAAUGAUCAAAUAAAGUUUGUAAAUUUUUUUGUUUUGUAUUUAUAAUGACUUGUAAUUUGUUCCUUUUUUAUUUCCAGAAGCGACCCUAUUUAACUUAAAUGACUUUGUUUCUACAUUGUGGAGCUGCUUUGACUACACUGAACUUGAGAGAUCUGUGAGCCCCAAGGGGCUGUGAAGUUUCUGUGUGCCAUUCCAUAUUGACGUGAUGUAUUCAAUUAUGACAAACCAAUAUUUCAUGAAAACAUACACAGGAAUCAUUAACAUUUCAGUAUGCAUCCAGUAACAUAGACAGUAGCCUGAUGAUCCUGCCACGGAACUGCACAUAAUUUAUGGAAACACAGCAUAUCAUUCCUAACCAAAUAUCGUUGAUAACGCAUUUCAGUGUCUGAAUUUAUCAAUGUUGCAAUAUAUUUUUGCUGUAGAGGGUUCUAUAUCUUCAGGAGCAUGGGAAGAGAAGGAGGGAGGAAAUUCUGAUUGAGAAACUCAUGGAAAAUACAGACCCUUUAGGUUCUCUGAUCAGUUCAUCAGGUCACAAUGCUGACACGUUUUUGAUGUAUGUUGAAAGAAAUCUUGUGUGGCUUGGAAUAAAAUAAUAAUAAAAAAAAAAAA